ACGACAAGUCAGACUACCAAAGCCAUAUAUUAAAGGAGGAAGAAAACGAACUUCGUAAUUAAUAAAUAGUAAAUAAGACGUACAAAAUAAGAAUUUGUAUAGUUCAUAAUAAAUAUAAUGUAGUGUGUAAUAUUACUUGUUAUAGUAGUUUAUGAAAGUUUAUGUGAAAUUGGUAUAAAACGAGAAAGAACGUAAAAGUUGGAAGGAGGAGAAGCGAUACCAUCCUAUCCUAACAAGAAUAUUCAAUCGCAUUUGUUAGGAAAAAAAAAAAGAAAAGCAAAUAUGAUGGACGCACGAAGACGCGAGAGAGAGUUAAUAGGAAUGCGUGGGGUUCCGGAAGCUUGGAGCAAGUCACCUACGCGAAUAGAAUAUAGUUCAGACGAAGAGGACGAAGAUGUAACUAAACACAAUGGUAACAUUUCACCAAAAGACGGCAAAAGGAAGAAACAUGAUUUGAAGAAGAAGAAGAGUAAGAAAUUAAAGAGAGAGAAGAAGGAGAAGAAAGCUAGGAAAGAGAAGAAGGAAAAGAAAAGAAAGAAGAAGAAGAAGAAGAAAGCAAAGGACACAGACAGUAGCACCGACGACAGCGGCAGUAGCGGUGACGAAGAAGUCUGGGUAGAAAAGACUGCGAUUACCAGUAAGCCGAAACCUAGGAGGGACUCCAGUUCGGACGAUAGUGGAGACGACGAUGGGAUUGGACCUGUGCCUAAGCCACAUGUAACUCUGUCCGCGAAAGAUUUCGGCAAGGCUUUAUUGCCUGGUGAAGGUGCGGCAAUGGCGGCUUAUGUGGCUGAGGGCAAACGUAUACCCAGAAGAGGCGAGAUCGGUUUGACCUCAGAGGAGAUCGCCGCUUACGAGUUGGUCGGUUACGUCAUGAGUGGUAGCAGACAUCGUCGCAUGGAAGCGGUUCGUAUUCGUAAGGAAAACCAGAUCUAUUCCGCCGACGAGAAACGUGCGCUGGCGAUGUUCAGCAAGGAGGAGCGGCAAAAGCGGGAGAAUCGUAUACUUGGGCAGUUCAGGGAGAUGGUUAAUCAAAAACUGGCGCAAGAGCAGAANAUAUAU